UUAAAAAAUUUGCACAAAAACAACAAAUCUCUGAAUCGCGACAGGAAAGGAUAAUGAACAUUCAGAAAGGGUAAUGAACAUUCACUCGGGCAAACCUUCUAACUUUAUUAUUGGGCAAAAAAGCCGAGAUGAUUUCCUUCAUUCACUCAUGUCUCCGAAGUUCAGUUUAGCUGUCAGCUGUCCUUGUUUUCCAUUACGUACUUCCUAGGUCGGAGUGAGAUUAUGGAAAUAAUGGAUAUUCUUUGACCUAAGGGAGGCCGGGAAAGUCUGAAAGAGGAAGAUUGAGUCGAUCAGUUUUUGGUGAAUUUAUUUUAUUUCAAGUAAAUAGUGUAAAAUUAACAUGCCAGCAAUUUCGUAGUUUUCUGCAUUAUGGAGAAGGCAGCGUCCCUGGAAAACACGAGUGAACCGACACUUACCGUAGGUGUUGCCCAUUGAACAUGGUCAAGCAGGAGUGGGACAAUUUUGAUGAUCUGGAAUCAAACAAUGGCGCGGCAGCCACGGAAGAAGAAGAUUCAGCGCUAGCGGAGCAGGGAGAUGAGGCGAGAGCGGAGGAAGAAGAGCUGGCGGAGGGCGCGCACGCCCCUUCGGGAGAGGAGGGGGGUGAAGAGGCGACGGUGAAAGAGGAGGUGGAGGAGAGCGUCUCCUCCGCGGAAGCGGGCGAGCUUGCUCCUGCU